CAGCUCUAGAGUGCAUUGGAUCUAGAAAAAUAUCAGACUUAGAGAAAAUCGGUUCCAUGGUUAACCCCGCUGGGUCGAAAGCGCCGGACAGUACAGUCACUUGGAUUUUAUGCUUAUUGCAAAUGUGAAAAGUCACAGAUAUUAUUAUCGGUUAUCAGCGAUGGAGAAUCCAUCAGAAAUGGUUCCCACCCCCUCGUGGCGCUCGUCUCCGGAGUUCUGCAAGUUCAAUGCUGCUGCCAGUGCUAUCGAAGCUUGGGAUAUUGGGGUCUGGCUCGAGAUAAAAACGGCGGAUAUUGAUAACCAGUCGCCCAGCAAUAACGGACGGGAUCACCAGUUGCCAGCCGCCUAUCGCUUGGAACAAGUAUAUAUCGCCUGUUGAGUAUGUUAUAGUAGCAAAAAGAAACACCAUGAAAUUGAUCAAGAAGAAUACAAAUGAAUCCCUCGUAAGGAUUCUGAGGG